CCUGGGCUCCGUUCGGCCGCAGCUUCCUGCCGGGUGUUGAGGGGACCCCCGGGAGUCCAGUGCUCGCGGCGGGCGGAGGCUGGCAGCGUCUGAGAGCGACUUUCAAACCCGCGCCACCUGGGCAGCCCCCCGCGCGCCCUGUGCGUCGCAAGCCGGCGGGGCGGCUACGGCUCGAAUCUCCCCGAGGUGGCAGUCCCAGGCAGCAAUGCCAGGAUGCCCGUCUCUACUGCUCUCCACCAAGAUGGCAGCCAGGAGCGGCCUCCGAGCCUGAUGUCCACCACUUCUUCAUCUGGCUCCUCCCGUGACAGCCGCAGUGCCAUGGAGGAGCCCACCGGCGCCGGGGCUUCAGCGCAGAACGGGACAGGCUCCCCCUGGGGCCGGCACAUUCCCAACAGCAACAACAACUCCAGCAGCUGGCUGAACAUGAAGGGACCACUCUCCCCCUUCAGUGGCCGGGCGGGGACAGGUCCCGUCCAUCACAAGCUCAGCUACCUGGGCCGGGUGGUUCGAGAGAUCGUGGAAACAGAGCGCAUGUAUGUGCAGGACUUGCGGAGCAUUGUGGAGGACUACCUCUUGAAGAUCAUUGACACUCCGGGGCUCCUGAAGCCGGAGCAAGUCAGCGCCCUCUUUGGGAACAUAGAGAGCAUAUAUGCGUUGAACAGCCAGCUUCUCAGAGACCUGGACAGCUGCAAUAGUGACCCUGUGGCUGUGGCCAGCUGCUUCGUGGAGAGGAGCCAAGAGUUCGAUAUAUAUACUCAGUAUUGCAACAACUACCCCAACUCAGUGGCGGCCCUGACAGAGUGCAUGCAGGACAAGCAGCAAGCCAAGUUCUUCCGAGACCGCCAGGAGCUGCUGCAGCACUCCCUGCCUCUGGGCUCCUACCUGUUGAAGCCCGUCCAACGCAUCCUCAAGUACCACCUGCUGCUCCAGGAAAUUGCCAAACAUUUUGAUGAAGAAGAGGAUGGCUUCGAGGUGGUAGAGGAUGCCAUUGACACCAUGACCUGUGUGGCCUGGUACAUCAACGACAUGAAGAGGAGGCAUGAGCACGCCGUUAGGCUGCAGGAGAUCCAGUCACUGCUCAUUAACUGGAAGGGGCCGGACCUGACCACCUACGGGGAGCUGGUCCUGGAAGCCACCUUCCGCGUGCACCGUGUGCGCAAUGAGAGGACUUUCUUCCUCUUUGACAAGAUUCUGCUCAUCACCAAGAAGCGGGGCGACCACUUUGUCUACAAGGGCCACAUCCCGUGCUCCUCGCUGAUGCUGAUCGAAAGCACCAGAGACUCUCUGUGCUUCACCGUCACCCACUAUAAGCACAGCAAGCAGCAGUACAACGUCCAGGCCAAGACGGUGGAGGAGAAACGGAGCUGGACUCACCACAUCAAGAGGCUCAUCCUGGAGAACCACCAUGCCACCAUACCCCAGAAGGCCAAGGAAGCCAUCUUGGAAAUGGACUCCUAUUACCCCAGCAGGUACCGCUGCAGCCCAGAGCGUCUGAAGAAGGCCUGGUCCUCCCAGGACGAGGUGUCCACCCACGUGCGGCAAGGACGCCGGCAGUCUGAGCCCGGUCAUACCCUGUUCGGCAGGGCAACACUUCCCGGCAGGCAGCAAGGAUUCGAGAUGCCAGGCCUUAAGGGCCGUAGAAAGUCGGAGCCGACCAGGCACCUGCUCAGGCAAUUGAAUGACAAAGCCAGAGCAGCAGGAAUGAAGCAUGCAGGCAGUGCUGGAGCCCUCUUGGACUUUGGGCAGCCACCCCUUGCACGGGACGAUCAGCCAGAGGCUGAGGGGGCUGCCAGGGAGGAGCUGGAGGAAGAGGAGGAGAUAGUGGAGGAGGAAGAACAGCAGCAGACCUUCCCAGUCUCCCUGGAAGACCUGGCAGGGCAUGAAGGCAGCGGGAAGGUACCUGGGCCAGAGCUCCCAGGCUCGGAGGAGGAAGAGGAGGAAGAGAGUCUAGCAGUGGCGGAGCAGGUAGCUGACUUUGCCAGCUCCCUGCUGGCCGCCCUCCACUGCUGGCACUAUCGGGCCAACGCUUUACUUUUCUCCCGGGGUGCUAUGGGGAAGAGACACAGGGAGUCUGAAGGCUCUAAAAGUAGCAGAAGGCCCAGCAACCGGUCUCCAACCAGUGCGGAGAAACGUAUGAGCUUCGAGUCUGUUUCUUCCCUGCCAGAGGUUGAGCUAGAUCUCGAGCCUGGGGCAGAGCAGGAGGCCUUUCCUGCCCUGGAAGGUCCCAGCACUGAAGAGAUGCCUUCAGACCCAGAAUUUCCAGAAGUCCUGGGAACACAGCUUCAUGCCCCUACGGGCGCUGCCAACGUGGUGGACUUCGUAGAGCCUGGGGGCUCUGAAGACCUUAAGGCCCUGAGUAGUGAGGAGGAAGAAGAGGAGGAAAUGGAAGCUGCCCAGGAACCUGAGAGCCUCCUGCCGCCCUCUGUGCUAGACCAGGCCAGCGUCAUCGCUGAGCGGUUUGCCAGUAGCUUCUCUCGGAGGAGCAGCCUGGCAAUGGAGGAGGGCAAGUCCAGUGGCCUUGGGACUCCGCGGCUUAUCAGCCGGAGCAGCAGCGUGCUCAGCCUGGAGGGCAGUGAGAAGGGCCUGGCCCGAUGGGGCAGCGCUGGGGACUCCCUCAGCAACCCACCCACCCCAGAAGUCGCCGUCGUUGGUACAGAAGCGGGCAUGGACAAUGGCCCUUCUGUCAAUGGGACAGAAUCUCCAAAGGCAGGCUCAGGCUGCCCCAUUGAACCGGACAGAUCUUCCUGCAAGAAAAAGGAAUCGGCGUUGUCCACCCGAGACCGGCAGUUGCUGGACAAAAUUAAGAACUACUAUGAAAACGCCGAGCACCACGAUGCAGGCUUCAGCGUCCGUCGGCGGGAGAGUCUCUCUUAUAUCCCGAAAGGGCUGGUGCGCAGCUCCGUGUCUAGGUUCAACAGCCUUCCUAAGCCGGAGCCGGAGCCAGCAGCUCCACUUGGGUCCAAGAGGCCGGGGAGCUCUCGGCCAGCAUCAUGGACCUUGUUUGACCUCCCAGGUCCCAGCCGGACGGGCACAGGGGACCUAGCUCCUGUCUCAGAUGCGGAGUUCCGCCCAUCAUCAGAAAUUGUGAAGAUAUGGGAGAGAAUGGAGUCUUUGGAGAGAAGUCCGCGGACGGGGACUGGCCAGAGCCAGGCCAAUGGCUUUGAGCAGCAAGAGCCGCUGUUCAUCUUGGAGGAGCAUGAGCUGGGAGCCAUCACUGAGGAGUCCGCCAUCACCUCUCCGGAUAGCGCUUCCCCUACUGAGCAGCCCAGCCCGGCUCACCUGGCCCGGGAGCUGAAGGAGCUGGUGAAAGAGCUGAGCAGCGGCGUCCAGGGGGAGCUGGUUACCCCGCUGCAUCCCCGAAUUGUGCAGCUCUCCCACGUGAUGGACAGCCACGUGAGUGAGCGUGUCAAGAACAAGGUCUACCAGCUGGCCCGCCAGUACAGCCUCCGAAUUAAGAGCAUCAAGGCAGCCAGGCCACCUCUGCUGUGGGAAAAAGCUCCUGACCGGGAUGAGCUGAUUUCCACCGUCUCCGGCCUGCCUGAGGAAACUGGAGAGCUGUCAGGGGGCAAAGCCAGGAGGAAGCCACCCCUGCUCAGCUAUGAGCAGCUGAUGGCUCAGGAGCAGGGCACCUCCAAAUCUUCCUCUGCCGCGGAGACCUCUCCUCGCCGGUUCUCCUUCAGCCCUCCUGCUGUCAGCCCAAGAACCACCUCGCCUGGGUCUCGGCCCUCAGCUCGGAGCCCCCUCAGCCCCUUCGAUACUGAGACCUUCAACUGGCCUGAUGUCCGAGAGCUCUGCUCCAAGUAUACCUCCCACGACAAGGCCGCCCAGGCCGAGAGCAGCUGGCCCCGCAGCCAGCCGGUCAACCGGAGCCGCUCCUUGCCUGAGAACAUAGUAGAGCCUCCUCUGUCUGGCAGGGUGGGCCGCUGCUGCAGCCUGAACAAGAGGGGCCAGGGAGAAGGGGAGGCCUCCCAGCCUGCAGCUCCUGAGGCUCCUCCCCAGAGCAGGCCGAAUGGAGACGCAGACCUGCAGGUCACGGCGGACCUCACCCUGGAGAACAACCGGCGGGUGAUUGUCAUGGAGAAGGGUCCUCACCCUAGCUCCACCUCGGGGCUGGAGGAGGGCAGUGGGAAGGAAGCAAGUUCAUCAGUGGCUUUGAAGGGACAGGGCCAAGGUUUCCAGGAGCCUGUAGAGCACCAGCCCAAGGAAGAAGGUCCCAGGGACCCGGCAGACACAAACCAGCAGGGUAGAGUGAGAAACCUGAGGGAGAAAUUCCAGGCCUUGAACUCUGUGGGUUGACUGACUCCCGUAGCAGAAAGGAGCCGUGCUGAGGUGGAAAGGGCCUGGCCUGCUCUCCUGAAGGCCUGGCUCACCAAGGCUGUUCCUCCAUUCUUCUGGAAGAGUGGUUUGGGGAACACGUGUGAACUCACCUGCUACCUGUGCUGGCACCUCCCCUCCCUGGGAGGUCCUGUGAGGACUUUUCCUUAGGUCCAGGCGAGCCACUUACCUUGUCUGUAAAUACUGCUCUGAUAAGAAGCCAAGUAUUUUAUUUAAGCUUACUCUGCCCAAGGAGAGCAAGCACUGCCCUGGCUUCCCGUACUGGCUGGCCAGCGCCUGGCUGAGCUCCCAAGGGAAAACCUAGGAAGGAGCCUGGGCAGGCUGUGCCCUUUGACUGCCUUGUCUUCGGACCCAGGCAGGACUGAGGCCAAUAAUUUAUUGCUUCCCAUCCUGUGGUGUGUGUGUAUGUGUGUGUGUGUGUGAGAGAGAGAGUCUCAGAAAGAAUGUAACGGAUUUAGUUCAGGUACCCUUGAAGGCUGUCUUGCUGGUUGUUGCUAAUGUACAGACAUUUCAUUAUUUGCCAAUAGUGCAAUAACCGUUGCUGACCAACCAACCUGUGUGUGGCCCUCUCCCUGGGGACCGCUGUGGGGAGUGAUGGAUCAGGGGUCAGGGACAUGGGAUGCUCAUUCAGUGUGUAGGCACAGGAAACAGGAGACAUUAGGGUACUCACAGGCCAGGUGGGGCACAGUGUGAGCUGGAACCUUGGUCUCUGCCAUGUCUGCCUCUGUGCACUGCUCUUAGUGUCCUGUCUCAGGUGGGAAUCCCAUGUGAGCCUUUAGCUCUUUUCCCAAAGCCCAAAAGUUGUCCCAAAAGCCGGGUGGUGGUGGGACACAGGCCUUUAACCCCAGGGCUAGGGAGGCAGAGGCAGGUGGAUCUCUGUGAGUUUCAAGGUUGUCUGGGACAGCCAGGGCUACACAAAGAAACUGUCUCAAAAAAUAAAAAUAAAGGUGUUCUAAAAAGCUGGAACUUCCAGGGGCAAAUAGAACACGUGAGAUAAGC